UAUGGAUUGUUUUUUGGAAAUAAAAAAUUACCAAAAAAAAAAAAAAGAAAAAAAAAAAAGAAACAAAGCAGGUGGUUAGUUUUAGGAAAUUAAACCUUCUCCGCAUCAAAUAAGGAUUGAAGGAUUUAGUAUAAGAAAGCAGCUACCGUUUGGUAUUUUUCACAAUCAUUCAAUUACAAAGUAAUUAAGAAGAAAGUGAAAAGAGAAAUAUAAUUAUGGAGUGGAAGAAGCUUUACGUUCUUGGUGCGGGCUCUUAUGGAAAAGUGUAUUUUGCUGUGAAGAUCGAUUCUUUUUCAUUAUCUGCUUCAGUUGCUGCUGCUAAAUGCGCUGAUAUCAAUCGUUCAAUUUCACUUCAACAAGAAGCGCAAAUCUUGACAACUCUAAAAGGCUGUCCAUACGUGGUCCAGUUCUUUGGAUCAGACAUAAGCAUCGACGGUAAUAUUCCAACUUAUAAUUUGUUUCUUGAAUAUGCAUGUGGUGGAUCACUACACGAUUUGAUCAAUUCAAAGAGAGGAAUAACAAGGAUGUCUGAAUUGGAAGUAGGUUGCUAUGCUUAUCAACUCUUAAAGGGUAUUCAACAUGUUCAUAAGAAAGGGUGGGUUCAUUGCGAUAUUAAACCCGCUAAUGUUUUGGUUUUCGAUAAUGAUAAUAAUGAACAUGGUGGGAUGCACAAGUUGAAGUUGGCCGACUUUGGAUUGUCACUGAGAGUUGGUGAUGGAAUGGCAUAUAUGACUGGAAGGACGUUGAGCAAUCGGGGGACUUUACUUUACGCGCCCCCAGAAUCUUUGUCAUGUGGUUUUCAUUCCAAAGCUUAUGAUAUAUGGUCGCUAGGGUGCACUGUGGCGGAGAUGAUGACUGGAAGCCGCAUCUGGAUUUAUCGCAACAGUACUAAAGAUUUGCAGUGGCAGAUUAUGAAUGAAAACCCUAUGAUUCCGAGUAAUGUUUCUGAGAUUGCUAGAGAUUUUUUUUACAAGUGUUUCAUAAAGGACCCUCGAAGAAGAUGGACGUCUGAACAACUACUCCAACAUCCUUUUAUUCAGAGAUCUUUAUGUACUUCGUCUAAUUCGAUGCCUGAAACUCAAGGCAGGAUAGCAAGGGUUAAUCCUUUUGGUUGCCAAGUUCCCGUUCCCGAGAAGGACUUCAUCAAUUUACUCUUCGAAAGUAGUUUAAGGAUACAAUGAAGCGAAUAAGAUUGCAAAAGCACUUAUUUACUGCUGAUGAUGUA